GUUUCUCUCGUUGAUUUUCGUCAUUACUUUAUUUUUCCCAUUUUAAAUUAAAGAAUGAUUCUUUCACCACCAGUUCUUGUAUAUAUACCCCCAUUGUCUCCAUAAUCUCCUCAUUCAAAACCUCUAACUUUCUUGCUUACAAAUUCAGCUUUUCUUUCAAAACAGACAUAACUUUUUCACUACCCAUUUGAAACCCAGAAGACCAAACCAUCUUUAAACACAAAAAGACUCGAGCUUUAUUGCAAAAAAUGGCUCCUGAUAUUAUUACCACUACCACAACUACCUUAACCAAGAGGGCUAGCAUAUCUAGCUGUGCAUAUGUGACUUUCUUGGCAGGGGAUGGUGACUAUGUGAAGGGAGUGGUUGGGCUGGCCAAGGGCUUGAGGAAGGCGAAGAGCAAGUACCCACUCGUGGUGGCCAUCUUGCCUGAUGUCCCAGAGGAGCACAGGAAGAUACUGGUAGAUCAGGGCUGCACAGUCAGGGAGAUCGAGCCUGUUUACCCUCCCCAGAACCAGACCCAGUUCGCUAUGGCUUACUAUGUCAUCAACUACUCCAAGCUUCGUAUUUGGGAGUUUGUGGAGUAUAGUAAGAUGAUAUAUUUGGACGGAGACAUCCAAGUGUUUGAGAACAUAGACCAUCUGUUUGACAUGCAAGACGGCUACUUUUAUGCUGUGAUGGACUGCUUCUGUGAAAAAACAUGGAGCCACACUCCCCAAUACAAGAUUGGGUACUGCCAACAGUGCCCAAACAAGGUCCAAUGGCAUCAACAGUUGGGCCCUAAGCCCCCUCUUUAUUUCAAUGCUGGCAUGUUUGUGUAUGAGCCAAGCCUGUCCGUCUAUGUUGACCUCUUGGAAACCCUCAAAGUCAGCUCUCCCACUCCCUUUGCCGAGCAGGACUUCUUGAACAUGUACUUCAGGGAGAUAUACAGGCCAAUCCCACCAAUUUACAAUCUUGUUCUUGCCAUGUUAUGGCGCCACCCUGACAACAUUCAACUUGACAAAGUCAAAGUGGUGCACUACUGUGCUGCUGGGUCUAAGCCAUGGAGGUACACAGGGAAAGAAGAGAACAUGGAGAGGGAAGACAUAAAGAUGGUGGUGAAGAAAUGGUGGGACAUAUACAAAGAUGAGACCCUGGACUAUAAGAACGUAGUGGGUCAUGAUGCAGUUGAACCAGCUGAGUCGGACCAGGUUAGUCUGCAGCCAUUCUUGGCUGCGCUGUCUGAGGCUGGUGUUGUCCACCACAUAAGCGCCCCAUCGGCCGCAUAGUUCUCUGCUCUCUUUCAAAGCUUGAUCUACAUGCAUCGUAAUAUGGAUCGGAGGACUUCAUAUAAUAGGGGUGGUUCAGGUCUCUGUAUAGGAGUUUGUUUUUUUAUUUUAUUUUAUUUUAUUAUUUAGUCUCCUAUUAAUAAUGCGAAAGAUGGGAAAUGUUUUAUUUUAUUUUAUUUUUCAUAUAUGGAUUUAUUAUUGGGCA